AUGGAGACGGUGUCCACCCGUGGCAGCCUGGCGCCGCUCUCGCCUAGCUCGCCCCCUGCGACGGUGACUCAAAGCGGCGAGGCCAUCGAGGUGACGAGCACUCCACCGCUGCAAGAGCCCCGCCGCCACCUCAACCCCUUUGCCCACCGGCGCUGGAAGGCGAGCACGUCCGUGGAAUUCCUGACCAGCAUCAAGCACGUCGACAUCAUCGGCACCCACGUCAACCCCAGCAAGGAUCGAGCGGUGGUUUACGACCUGGAGGUGCAUCUGAAGCGCCCCACAUCACGGUUGGCCCCCUCAACCGAUACCCCCUCAACUGAUACCGACCGCUUGACGUUCGUGGUCGCUCGGAGCUUCUCGGACUUCUCCGAGCUGCGCGACGGAGUGAAAAACGCAGUGAGUGGCACGCCCCCGUGCACGUGCGAGUACUGCCUGGAGCUGCUGAUCUACGUCCGCUUCAGCUUGACCCAGCCGCGCGGAAUCGUCAAGCCCUUUGCAGCUACCGAGACGUGCAAGAAGAUGCUUGCGCAGUUCAUCAACGACGUGGUGUUCUUGGGCAGACGUCGAGCGGAGAAGGUCGGCAGUCGCGCGUGUGAGGCGCAGUUGAUCAUUCCAGGACUACUGGACGAUUUUUUACUGGGGACGACGCGUCAAACGUGA